AUGGACUCUGUUUUCUUGCUUGAAGAUGGAGCUCGUUCACUCUUUCUUCAAAACAUUGUUGAGUUCUUUGGAUGCUCCUACAUUUGUCUCUGGUCUUACUUACCCAAUCCCUCCAAUUGUUUGAUCUGCAUGGAUGGAUUAGUCAGCUCCUCAAUGGCGAAUUCCGAAGCUGUUGCUUUUGAUUCGUAUCGGAAAUCCGUCUUCGUUCUUGACAAGAAUGAUCACCAUGUUCCUGGAUUUGCUUUUAAGAAUGGUGUUCCUUAUUUGGAGUUUAAAGAACUAGAUCUUCUAAGACUUUCAUCAAAUCAAACACAACUGCAUUUCUACAUGGAAGGGAGAAUUAAGACAGUGAUUUUCAUGGGAUGUGGAAGUGGUGAGAUUGAACUAGGCAUGUCGAGUAUACCUCAAGUUAACAUGGAAAUGGAGAUGAAAAAUUGGUUUCCUACGGAUUUUUCGCGACAAUUACCUUAUCGAGACAGGUCUAUUCAUCAUUCAAUAUCAUCCGACCAAAACAUUCCUUCUUCAUCUUCAUCUUCAUCAUCAUUAAGAUCACUAUCCAUGGACAGACCUGAGCUUUCUCCUUUACUAUUCAAGCCAUUUGAUCAUCAAUUAUUACAAGCCGGUUUGAACCAAAGACAGCAUCUUGAUUUUCAAUUAUCCGGGCAGAAAUUAAGUGAGCAUGAAAUAAUGACCGAAGCCAUUCUUGCUGUUUUGUCUUCUUCUUCUUCAUCAUCUUCUUUAGGGUUAUCAAAUCAAACACGACCGAGUGCUUUCAAGCGAUGUGGAUCAUCUUUAUCGCCGGCGCCUUUAAUUUCAACUUAUUCAUCAAGAACAGGUAGAAGACAGGAUAUGUUGAAACGAUCAAUCUCUUUCUUUAGAACAUUGAAUCUCCAACGUAUUCAAGAACAAAUUCAUGGAGGACGAUCUUCAUCAAAUACCCAAUUGCAACAUAUGAUAUCAGAAAGGAAAAGAAGAGAAAAAAUCAAUGAAAGUUUCCAAAUACUUAGAUCAUUAAUACUCCCUCUUGGUACAAAGAAAGACAAGGCUUCAGUUCUUUCAAGCACUAUAGAUUACUUGACUUCUUUGAGAACACAAAUAUCAGAUCUUACAAGAAAGAACCAGAUUUUAGAGACAAUACUUCUCGAUAAACCACAAUAUUCAACCUCUGACAAUGACAUCAACAACAUCUCGAAGAAUGAAAGAUCAGUUGAUGUUCGGCUCUCACACGUAAAUGUUAAUUCGACGACAUCAUCACAAUCGAGAAUUGUGGAUUUACAUGUUCUCGUGCGAGGAAAUAUUUUAUUGUCAGGUAUGGUUACUCGAUUGUUGGAGUUCGUGCAACAAGACAACAAUGUGAGCUUGAUGUCCUUGAGCACAGAAAUAUUGAUGGUUGAAUCGGCUCCAAUCAAUAGAAUUAUUUUGAGACUUAAUAUUAACGAGGAUGUUGAAUGGGACGAGGGCUCCUUCCAAGAAGCUGUGAGGAGGUUGGUGUCUGACCUGGCGCCAAGUGAUUGAUAUGUGGACCAAUUAGAAACUGUACACGUG